UUCAGCACGCGUGCUUUCUCAUUUCCUGUUUCCCCUCUCCCUUCCGGCAGGAUCUUUAGGAGCCCGUGCUCUUGAAGAGUACGUCGCGAUCGUUUGUUUUGGAAAAGGCCGGAGGACGUCAUCUCGGAAAUGGUAAAUGCAUGCGCGCGCAAUGCGAGCUCGACGCACCAGGUGGUCGUCGGUGCGACGAUACUUUUAGCACAGGCCUGGUGGGCGGCUGUGUAGGGUAGUUUAUCGACCAGGAUACGAAUCUCAAAAGGUUCAGUAGUCGCGGGACCACCACCCCGUCAAAACGGUUUCAGCUGAGCGUGCUUUACGGGCUUUACGGUGCUCUCAUUUCCUCCCACCCCCGCUCGUCGUUCGUUCCGCUUCUUUCGCCUCGCGCUCUUUCUUUUCACCGCUUUCCACCUAUCCGGUAUUUUCCCAAGUGCAGCAGCAGCAGCAGCAACUCCCCGUGGUGAAACACGACGAAGCUAGGAGGCUCUUCGUAGUCUCUCUCUCUCUCUCUCUCUCUCUCUUUCUCUUACGUUCCAGCAGGAUUUCCAGCUAACCAGGCAAGAUGAUUACGGCGUUACCGGUGCCCACGGUGAAGGUCUUCCACAAAACGUAUUACCAGGAGAAGAGCUCGAGAGCGGGCAACAGCCAGCCGGGGAGCCCUUUGGCGGAGAGCGAGGCGGUACUGGCUAUGAUAGACAAGGAACCACCGGAGUACUACUUCUGCGGAAAGGUAAACUCGCUGUACGUCGUGGUCGGCUCGUUGCUGUUGGGAGCGGUGGUGCUGGUGGUCGGCCUGGUUCAGCUCGCGCCGGGUGCGGAGGCCGCACAGAACUCGGCGGCCUUGAUCGCCACUGGCAGCGGCCUCCUGGUGAUCGGUCUGUUCCUCGCACCACUGAGGGCCGUUUGCAUCAGGAGACAGAGCGCGGCGCAGAAAGAUGGCACUCAUCAACGGAGCGUCACCAGCAUAGACAUGCUUCUAGCACAGCACAGGGACUUCACCGUCCUGACGCCGGACGAGCUCGAGGACCUGGUGGGUCGAUCUACGUCCAACCAGGAGAACAAGCAGCCUCACAAGCAGGGCCACAACACCUAGGUAUCGUUUGCCUCGAGGAAGGCGCUGCCUUUGUCGUCACCAUGCUCGAGUACGUCACAACCAUUGUCCAACACAUCGCCAGGAACAUGUUCCUCCAUUCUGUACACGCAUCGCUACGAUUCGCGCGAGCAUAGUUUGGUUUAAUCGAUGUGCACUCGUCAUUCUUGCGAAUGGCAAUGGCAUUCGGCGCACUUUGUAAAACGACACGCACACCGCCACGAUGGAGACGCGACGAGGGCGCGCGCGUAUCAUCGUCGUCAUUCAGCGCUCCUUGCUUCUUCGCGAUCGGGGCCCGGAAGUAGGUGCAAUUCGUCGACGUAAGGAAAGUAGCCGACAUCAACGCCGAUGUAGAUCUUCAUCCAUCCCUCCCCCCCUCUCCCGUCAUCCCCCGUCGUCGGGGUUUCACCGACGACACAGUCUAAUUACACCGCUUCUGCGCGAAACUCGGUUUCUCCCACGAGACACAUUCGUUCGCUCGAGAAACGACGACCGGAUAGCAGCAGCUUCUUUGACUUGAACACACUCGACGACUUCCUUGCCUCGCGCAGCAUCAUGAACAAGGGGACCUAAACGAUGUUUGAUUAAGCGGCAAUCGGGGCGCCGGUUCGUUCAUCCCCUCGCUCGCCGGCUUCGGGAGCUGCGCGAAACGGCACUCCUCGCGACUCUUCUAAAUCGAGUCGACGACGAAAAUAAUGCGUGCAGCAACCAUGAACCUUGGUCGCCUCAGGAGGCGCGCAAUGCGGGCUCCGUAACGGAGAUCGGUGUCGAAAGGCGCGGCGAAACGCGCGCGGAAAAUGGAAGCGGUGUCCGUUUCCGCGCGGAAAAACACGGACGACGAAGCCGGGCUACGGCGAGGCGGUUUCGCAACGAAUCCCCGCGCAUCCGUAAAACGAAUGACAAGUAACAUAACACAGCGCACGCGAAUAAGUCUAUUUG